AUGGCCUCGAGGACACGUAUCAGCGGUCGGAAGCGCACCAGUACUCGACGACUCGGAAAGACUCCAUUCAGCCCCGUCGAUCUGAACGAGAUCAGUCCCGUCAACAACUACGACCUCAGUAAAGAGGUGAAUUACAUGAUCAACGACAUUGAACAAGAUCUGGUUGGGAAGUAUUCUCGUGGACUGCACUCACAGAACAUCGUGAUUGAUCUGGGCGGUUUAGAGUUGCCCUUGUGCGAGGGUGAAUUGGCUCGAGCUGAACGCCACUUCCUCUAUGCUGUUGAACAGGGCGAUUCAGCCACCGUGAAACGUAUGCUCGACAACCCGACGGCGUACAACAUCAACGUGAAUUGUACAGACGCAAUCGGCCGUGACGCUUUGAGAAUAGCCAUUGAAAAUGAACAGAUUGAACUGCUCGAGUUGUUAGUCUCCUACCCGACCGUUGAAUUGAAGGACAGCCUGCUUCACGCCAUCAACGAGGAGAACUUACUGGCGGUGGAAAUUAUAUUGCAGACACAGUCGGAGCGCUCCAGCAAGAAAAACCUGAAGGUGAGUGGAUGA